UAAAAAGGGCCGGAACUCGGACGACCCAGAUCGGGCCGGGUUUUGGGCCAAAAUCGAAUAUCAGAGUACAAACAACAAUGUAAACCAGUCCAGUACAGUUUGUCCGCUCGAGAAUUUGGGAUUUCGCUCACGUCGGCUUCUCUCUCCUCCUCUCAGGCCAUUGCAGCUUCUUGAAUGUGUGUAUUCUUGUUUUCCACGUUCUGAAACUCACAUCUGUAGUCACAUAUAAGAGGGUGCCAAUAGCUGGUUGUGCACUCUAGAUGCUUGAUGAUAUGUCUAACUGAAGUUCGGCAUCAAUAUUAGAAGUUUGCGUCAGUCCAUAUCAAGAUGGGAGAAGAAAUGCCUGAAGUUUUUGCAUUUAUGAAGCUGGCGUUAGAACAGGCUAAAAUUGCAUUCGACAGUCUUGAGGUGCCUGUGGGAUGUGUUAUUGUUAUGGAUGGGAAGGUCAUAUCAUGUGGAAGAAAUCGGACUAAUGAAACAAGAAAUGCUACAAGACACGCUGAAAUGGAAGCUAUUGAUUUUCUGCUUAAGGAGUGGAAAGAAAGGGAACUUACAAAACAUGAAAUUGCUGAGAUGUUCUCAAAAUGCUCUCUUUAUGUUACAUGUGAACCAUGUAUAAUGUGUGCAUCUGCCUUAUCAUUUAUUGGUAUAAAAGAGGUGUACUGUGGUUGUGGGAAUGAUAAAUUUGGAGGGUGUGGAUCAAUAUUAUCCUUGCAUACAAAUACAUCGGAUGGUGGUGAAGAUGUUGGGAGGAAAAGUUACAAAUGCACGGGUGGGAUAAUGGGUGAAGAAGCAGUUUCUCUUUUUAGAAACUUUUAUGAGCUUGGAAACCCUAAUGCUCCAAAACCUCAUCGCCAACCGAUUCAACAACCAUGACAUUUGAAUGGUGUUUAAGUUUUGACAAAUGUAUUUUUCUUGCAUCUUGUAACUACUAUUUGGUUAUUGUUUAAUCGAGUUGUUACAA